AUGGAUCACGGCAGCGCAGACACGGCGGACUGCAAGGUCUCAAUGCUAUGGAACUGGAACACGAUCGACGCCUGCUUUCUCUCGUCAUCAUGGCAGAUUCGGAACCGCGGAAUGAUGGCAGCUUCCUGCAUUGGCGUAGUCCUACUCGUCGUUAUGCUCGAAGUCCUUCGCAUCAUGAGCAAGAAAUACGACAGUCUUAUACACGCUCAGAUGCGUCGCAGAGGACAGGCCGUUCUCGCUGCCGUCGGCCAUGACGAUGACAAGGAGGGCUGCGCUCGCUCGACUGCCGUUCCAUCGCUAGCUUCCCGCAGAGUCGUCAUGCGCGCUUCUCCCGUCCAGCAGAUUCUACGUGCCAUUCUACACGCGGUGACGUUUGGCGUUGCAUAUGUCGUUAUGCUGCUGGCCAUGUACUUCAACGGCUACAUCAUUAUUUCAAUCAUCGUUGGCGCUGGUCUCGGCAAAUACCUUACUGACUGGCUCUCCUGCACUGUCGGAGAACAGGAGGCCCUGUCUAAGGCGGAGGGCAUUGAUGAGACGACUGCUUAG